UCCACUCUGCCAUCUUUAUAAUGAUACUAUUUUACGUUCCAUCACAACCCCACAUAAAUAUGGUGAGGGUAGCGUAUCUAUACAUAGGGUAUAUAUACAUUAUACAUAAGCUCAAGCACAUAAACUUGUGAUUUCCCAUGGAAAAUAGCAGACAAGUUCUACACGUUGUAGUAUUUCCAUGGCUAGCAAUGGGCCACUUACUACCAUUCUUCAACCUCUCAACGCUUACUCAAAAGGGUCUCAAAGUCUCGUUCCUCUCAACACCAAAAAAUAUCCAUAGACUUCCCAAAAUACCCCCACACCUUUCUUCUUCCCUCACAUUCAUCUCCCUCCCUUUACCCGAAAUCCCCAAUCUGCCCUCCGACGCAGAGUCCGCUUCCGACGUCCCCUUCCGAGCCCAGCCGCUCCUCAAGCGAGCCUUCGACCUUCUAGAACCUUACGUAACGUCCUUUCUGGAAUCUUCCAGACCCGACUGGAUUCUACACGACUACGCCUCCUACUGGCUCCCCCGCCGCGCCGCCGAGCUCGGCGCGUCUCGCGCGUUCUUCUCUCUCUUCAACGCCGCGUGGCUAUCCUUCGUGGGCCCACCGUCGGCGCUGAUCGACGGCGGGAGGGGGAGAUCGCUGGUGGAGGAUUUCACGGUGGUCCCGGAGUGGGUCCCGUUCGAAUCCGGACUGGUGUAUCGGGUUCACGAGAUCGCGAGGCAUGUGGAUAGAGAGGGAGACGUGGAAGGCCUCUCGCUGACGCCCGAUACGGUGCGCUUUGGGCUCGCCGUGGUCGAGAGCGAGGUUGUGGCCGUGAGGAGUUGUAGAGAGUUUGAACCGAAGUGGUUGGAUUUGCUCGGAGAUAUUUACCAGCGGCGGGUUUUCCCGGCGGGGUUUUUGCCUCCGGUGGUGGAGGAAGAGGACGUCGAAGGUGACGGGAAGUGGGUUGGGAUUAAGGAGUGGUUGGACAAAUGGAAGGGUAGUUCCGUAAUUUACGUCGCAAUGGGGUCGGAGGCGAGUUUGACUCCAGGUGAACUCAGUGAAUUGGCUCAUGGGUUGGAGCGUUCCCAGUUACCCUUCUUCUGGGUGCUAAGGAGCUCGCCCGAGUUGAACCGGGAUGUGUUGGAGCUGUUGCCUGACGGGUUCUUGGAGCGGGUCGGGGACCGUGGGAUGGUUUACGUAGGGUGGGCCCCACAGGUGAGGAUACUGAAUCAUGACUCGGUCGGGGGAUUCUAUUGUGGUUGGAACUCGGUUAUAGAGGGACUUGCAUUCGGCCGAGUUUUGGUCAUGUUUCCCAUGGCGAAUGACCAAGGGAUUAACGCGAGGCUAUUGAGUGAGAAGGGACUCGGAGUGGAAAUACCGAGGAACGAGUUGGACGGGUCAUUCACGAGUGACUCAGUGGCCGAGUCGGUGCGAUCGGCCAUGGUGGACAAGUCCAGCGAGUCAUUUAGGGUCAAAGCAAGGGAAAUGAAGGGAUUGUUUGGAGAUAGGAACAAAAAUGAUAGUCACUUGGACGAGUUCAUAAGUUAUCUCAAGGAGAGUAGAAAGAGAUCAUAAGUCAUAAUUUGCACGUAAACCAUAUUAUAGAACAAUUGGCGUUAUAAUCUGCUGACUACACAAGUAAACCAUAUUAGAAGGUGGGGUGGUUUUUACGUCAAAGACGUGUGAAGUUGCAUUAUCAAUUGGUACUCAUAAUAUAUGGUGUAUAGCUCUCGGCACUGCUCUAACUGUCUAAAGUUUUUUCUCUACGCAAAGAAUAAGAGGACUUCAGUUGGACUAUUAUGUUUUUUGUUGCAUGCUUGCGUAAUAUGGUUUCGCUAAUUAUUUCCUGUUAGAAUGCCUGCGUGCAUUCGCAUCAUUGUAGACGUAAACUUGUUAAUCAUCCGGGGCUAGGAGAAUCUAUGA